AUGUCCCUAUUAAUCCAAUUCCUCAGCCAGAUCCGUACAUUCGUCCGUGCUCAGAACAUCGACGAGCUCCGGAAUUGGCUUCUCGUCGAGCCCAACGCAAACCAGCAAUAUCACGCCCUCGCGAAUGAGUUGCGAACGCAGUUCCGCUCAUCACGGCAUGGCGUCAAUGGGAGUAACGGCGCAGCCAGCACAGCCCUAGAGAGCACGAUUGAGAAAUGCCUUCCCGAGGACGACGACGUGCCCGAGGGCCAGGGCUCGCCGUGGCCAGGCUUUGUGACUUUUAUGAAGGACUACAUGGUCUUCUGGCGCGAUGUCGACUAUGACGACCUUUUGGGCGCGCACACGUUGCUCAGCGGACUGGUGAACUCCUGUAGUACCGCCUUUGCCCACCCUACCUAUGGAGGCAUGCUUCUCAAGACAGCAAUGUCCCUCUGUGAGUCACUCUCGCGCCUGACAAUGAUGUUGUCAAAGCGUCCGGAUCUCACGCGCAACAUCCGCAACGUCGACGCCGACGACCGCAAGUCCAUCGCCGAGUCCUCGGCCGAGAUCAUCCAGAAGAUCUUCACCACCUGCCUGACAGACCGCUCCAGCGCGCGGUACAGCAAGCCCGAAGGCAAGAAGGUUGGCGUUUACAUGUUUGCCAACCUGGUGCUGAAGCUCCUCUUCGCCUGCCGGAGAACGCAUCUGGCAAAACAAAUAUUCACAAACAUUUCCACAAACUCGCCGCCAUUAUCAUUUUAUCCGGCAUCACAGCGCGUCAACUUUCUCUACUACCUAGGCCGCUUCAACCUCGCAAACUGCCACUUCCUCCGCGCGGCACUCUGCCUCGAAGAGGCGUACCUCCAGAUCCCACCUCCCCUUACAUCUCACCGCGCCCUGGUCCUCAGCUAUCUGGUGCCCUGCAACUUUUUGCUAGGCCGUCUACCCUCCCAGCUCUUGCUUUCUCGCCCCGAAGCAUCCGCAUUGGUACCAGUCUACCAACCACUCAUACAAGCGAUUCGAAAGGGCGACUUUGUACUCUUUCAACACACCUUGGCCCAGCACGAGAAGUACCUCUUCGAUAAGGGCCUCCUCCUCGUCCUCACCCACCGCCUGAGGCCUCUUCUCUGGCGCUCCCUCUCCCGCAGGACAUUUCUCCUAACCUACUCGCCCGGCCAAGACGACGCCAACCCCUCCAACACAAACCGCCGCGCCGCAACCAUGGACCUCGCAGACCUCCACACAACAUCCAAGUACCUCCAACACCGCCUUGAAGGCUACAUCCCCUCAAAAUCCCCCUCCUCUUUCGCACCUUCAACGGCGUCCCCCGCUUUCCUCAAAGCAGUUAGCCACGACGCUGCGUCGACGCUGGUCCCGCCGCCCGGGGGACCCAAAAAGCUACGCCCCAACGAGGGACUGGUCUGGGGAAACUCCCCCGUAGAGAUGGACGACGUGGAGAUGAACGUCUCGGUGCUGAUCCAGCUCGGUUUCAUGCACGGCUUCAUUGCGCACUCGCAGGGGAGAUUCGCCGUCAUGGGCGCUACGAAAAAGAGCCCCGUGCUGGCCGGUUGGCCGACGCCGUGGACGGCUAUUCGGGAGAGACAGUACGAGGAGGACUUGGAUCUGGACCACGUGCCUGGGUGGGUGAAGGGUUGA